AGUCAUUCCUUCAUAUCUAUAAUUGGGAGAGUUUUAAGUUUUAUUGCAUUCUAAAGGUUAACUUCUUUUUAAAAGCUUGGGUAAAAAAAUAAAAUAAAAACCUUUUUUGAAGCUUGUAUUCUUUAAUUAAUUAACUAAUUAAUUGAAAAUGAGUGCAGGGAUCUUCAUGGCUUUGCAGGAAAAGUUGAUAGCCUGCGGUACAAGCCUGACUAUUUUUGGGAUGGUUUUGAGGUUCAUUGCAGGACCCGCGUCCACCGCUAUUGGCGCCGUCGCUGUGGGCCUGCACCGCGACGUUUUCCACGUCGCCAUCAUUCAGGCAGCAUUGCCACAAUCUAUUACAACCUUCAUCUUCGCCAAAGAAUAUGGAUUACAUGCAGAUGUCUUGAGUUCUGCGGUGAUCUUCGGAACUAUAGUGUCCCUUCCAGUAAUGAUCGCUUAUUACGCAGUUAUGGAGUCGGUACAUUAAAGUCAUUUUUAUAAAAUUUCCUCUGUUAUAUUUUAAUUGGAGUAUUAAUGUCAGCCUUACUCAUCUUUCAGUUUUUUUUUUUUUUUUGGAUUUUCAUAAGAAUAUU